AUGGCGAGGAGGAGAAAGCAUUUCUCCCGUCGCCCCUCACCACCGAGCCGCCGAAUUAGAAUAAAACAGGAAAGUCAAGCGAGUGGGUGGGAUGAGGUACCCGCAAAUGCACAGGCAGGGCCUUCAUCAGGGAGGAAGCCGCGGAAGCCCCACAGGUUCAGGCCGGGGACUGUGGCUCUUCAGGAGAUACGGAAGUAUCAGAAGUCCUGUGAGCUGUUGAUACCCGCAGCUCCUCAGCUCCUUUCAUUCGAUGUGUGGGUAAGGGAGCUAACUGCUUUCUAUUCUAGGGGAGUUAAUCGUUGGACAGCUGAAGCUUUAGUAGCAAUCCAAGAGGCAGCUGAAGAUUAUUUGGUCCAUUUGUUCGAAGACGGAAUGAUUUGUGCCUUCCAUGCAAAACGUGUUACGCUUAGUAAGUUUGAUUUCUUAAAAAUGAUCCAUUUAUCUUUUUGUUGAUUCAAAUUGAACUUCUUACAUGCAUGAAAUCGUGCUCAGAUCUCCACACAUUAUAUGCCUUGUUAAGAACCGUGUCUACAGUUAGAGCCCGUGCCUUAAUGGUAGACUGCAUUUCAA